UAAAGAUGGCGACAGAGGAGGCGGAGGAGGAGUGCAGGAGAUCAACUCUAUGCGACCAGCGGCUCCAGGAUCAGAUUUUCCAGUAGCGAGUAGCGGAAUAUUCCACAAGUUCCAGCCGAGCUUAGCGCCCCGCGGACGGAACGGGAGGAGUGAUCCAGCCCGGCGGAGUGAGUCUCACCACCGAGUGUCUCACUACCGACAGAGUGUCGGGAGGUUCAUGCGGACUCCGUCCUGAGUGGAGCGGAUAAAGUUUGUGACGACAGUCCGCCCGCUGGCACACAUUUCCGGGGGAUUACCUGAUCCAGCCCCGGCCAGCGUCACCAGCCUAGACCCGCCGAGGGUAGCGGGAGCGUCUCAUGCCCAGAGGGGGAGGCGGUGAAGGUGGUCCGCCGGCCGCCGCAGCCUGGAGGCAGGAGGAGCAGGAGCUAACACACAAGGAUAACCACGACUCGGAGCCCCCAGCUGGCCACGCCCCCGCGCCACGCCCAGGAUGACCAGCGCCGCCCCCAGCAGGAAGCCGUACCGCCGGGCGCCACCGCAGCACCGCGAGACACGCCCCCCGCCCCAGCUCUACAGCGGGGAGAUGCCCCCGGCCACGCCCCCUCCCCCGCCGCCGCCGCCCUCGUCGUCGCAGCCGGACCCCAGCCAGGGUGGGGGCGGGGGGGAACGGGCGGGGAGUGCCUCCCCCACCCUCUCCUUCAGGGAGGAGGUCGAGAUCCUGUCCCCCGGGGAUGCGCGGCGGGGCGGGGGGCCCCGAGGCGGCGGCCCCCCCAAGAGCAUCCUGAAGCGGCCCGGCGCUCGUGGCAGGAAGUCCCGGUCGGCCGAGGUGCUGGACCAGACCCGGGCCCCGGGGCGCGGCCGGGCCCCCGCCGCCCGGUCCAAGAGCCGGUCCCUGGAACGGCCGGACCUCCGCCGAGAGAGGAGGGCCUCACUGCCGGGCCCCCCCGCCUCCUCCUCUUCCGGCGGCGUUGUCCCCGGCGACUGGAACUGGAGGCUGGGGGCUCUGGAGGAGAAGGUGAAGUUCUCGGGCUUCCUGGACGACAUCACCUGCAGCGUGCUAAGCCCCGCCCACCUGGAGCUGCUGGGCAGGAAGCAGCCGUCGCCGGAGAGGCGGGGCCGGGGCUGGAGCCAGGGGCCCAGGCGGUCGGGGGCGGGGGGGGGGAGGCGGGGGCCGGCGGGCCAGCGGCCGUGGGACGGAUGGGUGUCGCCCCUGCACCGCGAGCCCUGCCCCGAACAACAAGCCACGCCCACUCCCUGUGAAAGCCAGUACGGAGGGGAGGGGCCUCGAAAACACAGGGCGUGGCCUAAAGAAGAGGCUCUGGACCCGGGUCCACGGGCCGAGAGACGAGGAGGGCGGAGAGACCCGGAACACGCGGGGCGGGGCCAGCCCCCGCAGCAGGAAGUACCGGGGCCACACAGGAAGUCGGGGGGCGUACCUUGUCCUCCGACACCUCACUUGGAUCAGGAGACGGACCCUAGCGUCUCUAACUUAUCCCAGAUCAAGGAGGCGCUGUCGGACGCAGACAGGAUCAGAAUCCUCCAGCUGCAGAAUGAGGAGCUGCGUCGCUGCAUGUCUCAUGGCAACCACAAGAUGGAGUCCAUGGAGGUGGAGUUUGAGAACAGCCGUCACUACAUGCAGACGGAGCUCAGUCGCACCCAGGACGACCUGGACAAGAUGAGGGACAAGUUCAGGAGACUCCAGAACAGUUACACAGCGUCCCAGCGAGCCAAUCAGGAUCUAGAAGAGAAGCUCCACGCCCUGCUGCGGAAGGUGGAGCGGGACAAGAAGACCAUGGACCAGGAGAUUGUGGAGCUCACCAACAAGCUGCUGGACGCCAAGAACACCGUCAACCGGCUGGAGGAGCUCAACGAGCGCUACAGACAGGACUGUAACCUGGCCGUCCAGCUGCUGAAGUGCAACAAAUCUCACUUCAGGAACCACAAGUUCUCUGACCUCCCGUCGGAGCUGCAGGUCAUGGUCCAGAGGCACAUGAAGAGCAGCCUCCCGGAGGGGGGGGGGCCCUUGUCCCAGGGCCCCCAGGAGCCCGACACCCUGAGCCUGACGCCGGCCGACGUGGUGCCCACCUCGGUCAUCGCCCGCGUGCUGGAGAAGCCCGAGCCGCUGCUGCUCAACUCGGCGCAGUCCUGCAGCGCCACGCGCCCCGCCUCCGAGGACGUGUUCGUCCACGUCGACAUGACGGGCCCCGGUGCCCCGCGGCCCAACGGGGGGGCCCCCGGGGGCCAGCACAACGGCUCGGCCGGCCGGCGCCCCGAGACCCCCCUCACCCCCGGUGGGGGCGGGGGCGAGGAGGGGGGCGGCGCGGGGGGGCGGGGCGGUAACUCCUCCUCCUCGUCCUCGUCGUUCGAGAAGCUGAGCCCCUACCCGGCGCCGCCCCCGCCCCACCACCCCCACCCGCUGUACCCCGGCCGCAAGGUCAUCGAGUUCACCUCCGACGACAAGGUGAAGAUCCCCAAGAACUCGCCGCUGCCCAACUGCACCUACGCCACGCGCCAGGCCAUCUCCCUCAGCCUGGUGCAGGCCGACGCCCCCCCCAGCCCCGCCCACUCCGACUCCGGCUGGCGCUCGGCCGCCUCCUCCUCCUCCUCGCCGCCGCCGCCGCCGCGCCCGCCGGCGGCGGCCCCGGGCCCCCUCUCCGGGGGGUCCAGCCCCUUCAGCUCGCCGCCCCAGCCCCCCAGCUCGGCCAGCUCGGAGGAGGACCUGCUCCUCAGCUGGCAGCGCAUGUUCGUCCAGAAGGAGGCGCCGCCGGCCGCACUGCAGCACCGCACCUCCUUCAGCCGCGACUCGGCCCGCCAGCUGGGCCUGGGCGGGGCCUCGGGCGGGGGCGGGGCCGCCGAGCGCCAGCGGGGGGGCGUGGCCGCGUACUCGGACGGCGAGGAGGGGUCGUCGGCGCCCAGCUGGACGGCGAGCCGCGAGUCGAGUCUGGACACGGACAGCAGCAGCGUGGCGGACCCCCGGCCGGGCAGGGGGCACCCCCCCCCGCCGCCCCCGGCCGGCCUGGACCCCCGGGGAGAACCCCCGCACGCGCCCCAUGACGCCGCCGCCGUCGCUAUGGCGACCCACGGGGAGCCGCUGACCCCGACGCCGGCGCCCGAGGAGGAAGAGGGGGGGUCGGUGGGGAGCUGGGCGGAGGAGCGGGACGUCCUUCCCUGCGACCUCCCCGUCAUCACCCCCACCCCCCACCUGGAGUACCCCCCUGACCACGCCCCCCCGCCCCCGCCCGCCCCGGGCUACACCCCCCCGGGGCGGGGCCAGAAGAACCCCAAGAGGAUGGGGGUGCACCACCUGCACCGCAAGGACAGCCUGACCCGCGCCCAGGAGCAAGGCACCCUGCUGGACUAGAACCCUCACCCCCCCUCUACUGACUGCUGGCUCCCCUCCUGGUUUCUAUGACGACCAUCCAGACUCCUCCCACCGCCCCCAUCCAGGAAAUAGCCAUACUGCUGCCGGCUCCUGUACACACACACACACACACACACUCACACUCACACUCACACUCUAACUAUGACUCUUUCAGUGCCUAUCUCUGUCUGGGUGGAGGGGGGUGGGGUGUUGUUGCUCCGCCCCCUCUCUCCUAUUGGUCAGCCCUCAACAGAAUGUUCCGAGCAACAUGGCGCCACCAGAACCCGUCUCCCCCCUCCCUCCCCCACUAACUGUCGCCCUCAUGGGGAGGUGAUGUCAUAGUAUUGAUUUAUUAUCGUUUUCCAUUGAUGAUCCAGUGUUGUUAUUGGUGUUAUUCUUCGGUUUCUCAUCGUGUCUUUUUUGCGUUUAAGAUUUAACUUUAGCUCCGGCCAUCGCUGGUGAUGUCAUGGAUGCUCCGCGCGUCACGUCACUCAUCGAUCGGUCAGGUUCUGGAUCGAUCACAUCUAUUGAUCGGGGCUGUCCUGUGACCUGGACGUGAUUCAUGUCGACACACACACACACACACACACACACACACACACACACACACACACACACACACACACACACACACACACACACACACACACUCUAUUACAUUAUGCAUGUUAUGCAACAAGGUGCGUUUCCUCCACCGGUAUUGGCUCCUAACAGAGCGCUGUCAUUGGUGCUCCUUCCUGGCCAAUCGGCGUCCUCGGCUCGUUGUCCUUGCUGACCUGCCUUCCGAAAGCCUCUUUAUAUUUAGAGCCUCAUAACCAUCUCAUUUAUCCUUUAAGAUGUAUUUUACUUUGUGUAUAUUUUGUGUUGUUUAGCGAGGACUUGACUGGUUUGGGGUGUUGUGCGUGUGUGGGGUUGUGUGCGUUUCUGUUGUCCUCACCGUCACCACAUUCUUGUUGUGCGUCUGUUGCUCGAGUCAGCAUGUCGCCAUUACAACAGCAUGUUGCCGAAACCACGCCCUCCGUGAUUGUGUGGCCACGCCCAUACGGCCACGCCCACCAUAGACUACUUGAUUGAUCUGAUUGAUUGUUCUUCCAAUCAAAUCCGCCCCCUCGCCCACACACACACACACACAGCUGAUUGUACUACCAUGGUACACCUGGUAACCAGGUGGUCAUCCACCGUCUAACUGAUCAAAGUCUGUUUGAACGCUCACUGUAUACGCCGCCCACAUCUGCUUGUUCCCCAAAACCUAAAUGGAUGUAGAGGGGUAUGAUGUCAUGGCUCUAGAAGGGUAUGAUGUCAUGGCUCUAGAAGGGUAUGAUGUCAUGGCUCUAGGAGGGCAUGAUGCCAUGGCUCUAGAAGGGUUUGAUGUCAUGGGUGUAAGGGGGUAUGACGUUAUUCAGGAUCUCAUAACGAAGACCAGGAAUGUGAAAGCCGGGAGGAGCGAUGAUGUUUGGAAAACGUUCACUAUUGUGAGGAAGUACUCGGCAAGCUCUUCUGGUGUGUGUGUGUGUGUGUGUGUGUGUGUGUGUGUGUGUGUGUGUGUGUGUGUGUGUGUGUGUGUGUGUGUGUGUGUGUGUGUGUGUGUGUGUGUGUGUGUGUGUGUGUGUGUGUGUCAUAGGACCAUCAGAUCAACGCUUGAGUGUCUUUGAGCAAGGCCACCAAGGCCCUACCGGACGGCCUGACCCCGGUCUUCAUAGAGGAGGGUUGUGGGUUCAAUGCCCGGGACCCCAGGCUGGGUACCGUCAUCAGAGCAUGGGGUACAGGUCCCAACCGGUGGCCCGUUAUGCAGACCGCAGGGGUCACCCCCGGCAACACAACGAAAAGUCUGACCGUGGACGUCAUUGGUUCAGGAUUUGAAUUCUCCAUUUCGUAAAUCGUCCACGGUAACAGAGUCAAAGUUGCCAUGGUGACUUUUCCUACAAUUACAAUUAGGGCAUUCAGCAGAUGCUUUUAUCCAGAGCGACUUACAUCGUCAGGUUGCUCGUCAGGAGCAGUUAGCGUUAAGUGUCUUGCUUAGGGACACGUCAACACUCAGCUAGGAGGAGCUGGGGGUCGAACUAGCAACCUUUCGGUUACAAGACAACUGCUCUACCUCCUGAGCUAAGCCGACCCUUACCCUGUUCCUACUCUCUGGUAUGGCUGCCGUUUAGCUGACUGUCUGGUUGGGUGACUGUUUGGCUGACGGUUUUCUGGCUGGUUCUGGUGUCUCUUUGGCUCCACACUGAAUUAUUCAUCUCCAUUCACAGUGAGGCCGGCAGGACACCGCUGGAACUUUCCCCUCCUGUCUCUCUCCUCCUCUCCCCACCCCCGGCUUGUCCAGCCCUUUCCUCUCCUCCCCCCUCCUCCUCCUCCUCCCUGCUCCUCCUCAGUGCAGGGUGACUCUCCUCCUCCUCCUCCUCAGUGCAGGGUAACUCUCAUCCUCCUCUCCUUCCUGCUCCUCCUCAGUGCAGGGUGA